GUUGGCGUAAUUCAAUUUUUGGAGGUUCCCUCGGCGGCUUUAUAUAUAAGAGAAGCGCCACAUUCUCCCUUUCCACCGCCCAAGCCCGUUUAACGCAUUCCUCACCAAUUCUCCCACCCAAACCCUAAACCUAACGCCCGUUCAGUGCAUCGCCAUGAGAGGAGGAAAAUCCAAGGCUUCUGGUUCGAGUAAGGCUGACAGCAGGCUUGCUGUGAGGAAACAAACAAAGAAGGAAAAAAAAGCAGCAAAGGAUCCGAACAAACCAAAGAGGCCACCAAGUGCCUUUUUUGUCUUCAUGGAAGAUUUUAGGAAGCAAUUCAAGGAAAUGUACCCAAACAACAAAUCAGUUGCUGCUGUUGGUAAAGCUGGUGGUGAUAAGUGGAAGUCAAUGAGUGAUGAGGAAAAGGCUCCAUACGUGGCAAAAGCCGAGAAGCGAAAGGAGGAAUAUGAGCGGAAAAUGGAGGCCUACAACAGGAAAUUGGCUGGAGAGGGUGAUGAAGAGUCUGACAAAUCAAAGUCAGAGGUUAAUGACGAAGGAGAUGAUGAUGGAGAGGAUGAAGAAGACGACGAUUAAUUGCCCUGGAAUGUGUAUUGGGAUAAAUCUUCUUCUCUAGGAUUCUAAUGCUCAGCUUAUAUAUGUUAUAUUCCUUAACAUUGAUAUACUCAAUGUAAGGAUGAUUUUAUGAACAUGGUGGGUAAGCUUUCCCCUACCCCACCCCUCCCCACCCUUUUGGAUCUGCUAAGAUAACAUCGUAGUUACAUAAUCUGCAAUUAACUGUUUUGAUUUUAGAUGAUGGAUACUUUAUGAUGGUAGAUUUGAAACUCAGAUCUUUAAUAUGCAUCAUCAACUAUGAUUGUGUUAUUUUCAUAUCAUCAAGGUAUGUUUUGUCAUGUUAUGCCCCUAAUUUGGUAAAUUGCAUAUAUCUGAUUGAAGUUUACAUUUA